ACGAAAAAAUGCAAGUCUAUUUCAUUCAAUUUACAUAUAAUAAAAAUGGAAAGUUCCAUAAUGAUGCAGUUACAUAUGAAGAUGUCCUAAAGACUUUGAAUACCGAGAUACAAAAGUGGAAAACUGCAGUUCAACUGGAGAUGGAAAAUAUCAUCGAAUACCUGUUCAAGAUAACAGGAGAAGGCAGUUUUGUUUCAGUUGUGAAUACUGCUAAAAAUGAAGAUCUUGAAAAACUGAUUGGCUUAUUACCCGUGCACUAUGAGGUGACAGUGACACCUUUACGCAGAAUUGAGAACCUUGCUAGCUCUAUCACGAAAUUGGAUCAAAGCAUUUUAGACGGGUUGCCCGGUCCACAAAUCGACUCAAACAAAACAGCGAUGUGGAUGGAUGUAUCCUAUGGAUACCAAGGGAGAACGUUUGAAGAGUUUCGCCAUAUUUGGAAAGAAGAGGCCCGAGUUGUCCUUGGAGGAAUAGCGAAGGGUGAUUUUCUGGGCACAUUAUACAAAGUUGCAGGGGUGAAAAGGCUCUUGGCAUUUGUUCAAAUGGACCAUGAGGCAUUGGACGAUUUAUCAUGGACACUCCCUUUAUUCACCAGUUUGGGGGACCAAGUAAACAAUGUAGUGAAAUCAGUUGUAUCGGUGUAAUAAGACGGAACACCCGGGAAACAAAAGAGAUGGCAGGGAUAUAGCAGACAAUCGUUAUGAAAUUAAAUAGAACAUUAUACCUCUAUGUAGACCUACUUAUAUGACAAACUAACUUAUUUUUGAUCAGCAAGAUGAGUGAAGUACUAGAAAGGUUUGGCUUUCUAGUACUUUCUAGAAUUCUGUUUUCACUACAUAUUUAACAAUAAAGAUAUGUGCGUAUUGUGGGAAUAUAAUAUAUAUUGCUAAAUACAGAAUAAUAGUACAUAGUACAAGUUUCCAACACAAAUUUCAAGAAAUAUGAAUUCUUAAACACAAAGUUUUUUUUAAAGCAGCCAGAUUUCCUGACUGUCCUAUUAUUAGACAUUAAGAAUAAAUUGAAAAAAUAGUGGGAUUAAGAUUGACCUGCUUUCCACAAAAAAAGUAACAUCUGGUUUUUGUUCUUAGUAAACAAAUAUCCAAUCAUCAAAUCAUAGAGACAAUGUUCCCUCAAUGAAAUAAUCUUCAUCUUCCUUACACACUGUAAUAUGGAAAACCAAGGAACAAUUCUCAAAUUAUGCAUUCAUUCCUGGUGUAAAUAACUCCAGAUUUUAUGUAAAUGAUUCACAGGUAGAACUUUUUUGAUGUAAACAAUAUCUGACAUAAAUAAAUUCCUGAGUUAACAAUUCUUGAGAUUCACUAAUCCAGAGAUUGAAGUACAAAAACAGUACAAAAAGAGAUUCUACUGUCUACUUAAAUGACAAACAUAUAUAUAAUCUGACUAGUCAGGAAAUUAUGACUUACUUCUGCUUAUCAACUUCAAUGAAUAACUUCACACUAAAAUAUAUCAAUGUAAUACUAAAAAAUAUUGGCAAGUUUUACUAUUAUAUACAGUAUUUAUAAACAGACUAAACUCUUACGAUUUAAUCUAAAAUCAAAAUUGAUCUGGUUUAAUCCUAAACAAGCACCAUAAAAUGGCUCCUUCAGUCAGUAUCAUCAAACACUACGGCUUGAGGCCUACUAGUGUACAAUGUAAGAGAUGGAGCCAUUGUUAACACAAUGAAGCAUCACAAAUGUAUGCCAAAGUGAAACACCAUAAUGUAGCACCAUAAAAGUUUCCUCGUUUUUUAGUAUUGCUAAAUGCUAUGCAUUGCUUGCGAGACACUAAAAAAAACAAAUGAAGAACCAUAAUAAAGCAUUAUGAUGAAGCACCAU